AUGCCCUCUCUGCUCUCCUGCUCCCACGCAGACCUGGGGAAGGUGGCACAAGGCCGAGGACGUGCUGUGAAGGGGUCGCGAUGGAAGAUCCAGCCAGUGGGGUCUGUGAGGGACUCGGCUCUGGGAGAUGCUCUGCCGGGUCCUCCCUCCUGCAGCCCGGCCACCAUCCGCAUGGCCGAGGCUUGGAUCAAUCGCUACCGCAAGCAGCUGGUGCGGUCCAUCUCGCCGCAGUUCCUGGAGGAGAUCAUCUGCUACCUGCGGAAGCUGGACCUCCUCACGGCGGAGGAGGCCAGCCGGGCACAGGAGGCGAGCUCCCUGUCCGAGCAGGUGAGGGCAGUGGUGGACGUCCUGGCUGGCAAGGGCAGCUACGCCUCCCAGUCCCUGCAGACCUUCAUCGAGACCACCAAUUCCCAGCUCUACCUUCACAUCACUGACUCCAUGGUGCAGAAGCACCUGGAGAGCCUUCAAAGCUACUAUGGGAAUGGCUUGGAGACGGGUCCCCUCCAGCGACUCACAAACCUGCUGCUGGUGGAAGGCUUGACCGAUAUCCAGCAGAAGGAGCAUGACAUCCUGCAGAUUGAGGCCACCAAAGGCCUACGAAAUGUAUCCAAGAGCAUCCCUCUAGAGAAGCUCUUCCUGCCUCUCUCCAAGGUCAGCAUCCCACCUCGGAUCUCUGUCACCAUCGGAGUGGCCGGGAUUGGCAAAAGCACACUGGUGAAGCUGUUUGUCUACACCUGGGCAAAGGGAGAGAUCAACAGGGACAUCAUCUUCGUGCUGCCCGUCACCUUCCGGGAGCUCAACACCUACGAGAAGCUCUCUGCCGAGAGGCUCAUCUGCUCGGCGUUCCCUCACAUCACCGAGCCGAACUGCAUCUCGGCGGGGGGGGCCGCCAGGACCCUGCUGAUCCUCGACGGCUUGGAUGAGUUCAAGACUCCUUUGGAUUUUUCCAACACGGUAGUAUGCACCGAUCCCAAAAAGGAGAUCCAAGUGGACAACCUGAUCACCAACAUUAUACGUGGCAACCUGCUGCAGGAGGCUUCUGUCUGGGUCACGUCGCGGCCAACAGCAGCCAGCCAAAUCCCCGGCGGGCUUGUUGACCGGAUGACAGAAAUACGAGGUUUCAGAGCUGCGGAGAUGAAGGACUUCUUGGAUGAGAUGUUCCUUGACAACAGAGACCUAUCCGGCCAAGUCCUGCAUCACAUCAGGGCUAACAGGUCAUUACACGUCAUGUGCACCGUUCCUGGCUUUUGCUGGAUUUCUGGCUCCUCAAUUGGUUAUUACCUAAAAAAUAGCACUGAUCAAUCCCAAGAAACAACCGUCGCCCCCAAGACCCUAUCAGAAAUCUACUCCUAUUAUUUUAAAAUGGCUCUGAGCAGUGACUGGCCGGAAAAGCCAAGAGAAACACUCAGGAUCGAGCAGGCUGUGAACAACAGCAAGAAGAUAGUGGGCAGCCUGGGGAGACUGGCCUUCUACGGGCUGCUCAAAAAGAAAUACGUGUUUUACGAGCAGGACAUGAAGGCGUACGGCAUCGACCUUUCCUUGCUGCAGAGCAGCUUGUGCAGUCGACUCCUACUCAAAGAAGAGAUGCAGUCCUUCACAGCCUACUACUUCUUCCACUUAACUAUACAGGAGUUUCUAGCGGCUAUUUAUUAUUACACGGCUGCAAAGCGGGCAAUAUUCGACCUCUUCACGGAAAGCGGGAUGUCCUGGCCCAAGUUGGGUUUCCUCAACCACUUCAAGAGUGCUGUUCAGAGGUCGCUGCAGGCAGAGGACAGGCAGCUGGACAUCUUUGUGCGUUUUCUCUCUGGGCUCCUCUCCCCGCAGGUGAACAAACUGCUCUCUGGGUGGCUGCUGGUGAAGGAUGAGCACAACAGCUUCAGGAGCCAAGCGAUCAGCUUCCUCCAGGGCUGCCUGAACACCGACUACGUCAUCUCCUCGCGGGCAGUGAACACCAUGCACUGCCUGCAUGAAAUUCAGCACACGGAGAUCGCUAAGACUGUGGAAGAAGCAAUGAAGAACGAGAGCUUGUCUGGGAUGCUCACCCCCGUGAACUGCUCUGCCCUGGCUUAUCUCCUGCAGGUCUCUGAUGUCUGCAUGGAGGAGACGAACCUCUCCAACUGCCUCACCUACAACGUCUGUAAGAGCCUGCUCUCCCAGCUCCUUUUCUGCCACAACCUCAGGCUGGACAAUAACCAGUUUAAGGACAAUGUGAUGGAGCUGCUGGGCAGUGUGCUGAGUGUGAAGGACUGCCAGAUCCAGAAGCUCAGCUUGGCAGAAAAUCAGAUCAGCAAUAAGGGAGCCAAAGCACUGGCCAGGUCAUUGAUGGUGAACAGGAGCCUGACGACACUGGACCUGCGGAGCAACUCCAUCGGCCCCACCGGAGCAAAAGCACUGGCUGAUGCACUGAAAAAAAAUCAAAUCCUGCUCUCCCUGAACCUGCAGCACAACGCCAUCAAGGAGGACGGUGCCACCUUCCUGGCCGAGGCCCUGUUGACCAACCACAGGCUGAUGACCCUGCACCUGCAGAAAAACGCCAUCGGAGCUCACGGUGCCAGGAAAAUAGCAGAGGCCCUGAAGCAGAACUGCAGCCUGAAGGAGCUGAUACUCUCCAGCAACUCGGUAGGAGACAACGGCUCGGUUGCCUUGGCCGAAGCUCUGAAGGUGAACCACAGUCUGCAAAGCCUUGAUCUCCAGAGCAACUCCAUCAGCAGCACUGGGGUCACCGCGCUGACAGCAGCUCUCUGCUCCAACAAGGGACUCAUCAACCUCAACCUGCGGGAGAACUCCAUCAGCAAGGAGGGGGGCCCCGCCAUCGCCCACGCCCUGCGGACCAACAGCACCCUCAGGAAGCUGGACUUAGCGGCGAACCUGCUGCACGAUGAAGGCGGCAAGGCCAUCGCUUUAGCGAUGAAAGAGAACCGGGCGCUCAUGUCCCUCCACUUGCAGUGGAACUUCAUCCAGGCAAAAGCUGCUACGGCCCUGGCACAAGCACUACGGUCCAACGGCAGCCUGGCCAGCCUCGACUUGCAGGAGAACGCCAUUGGAGACGAGGGAAUGGCCGCCCUCUCCGCUGCGCUGAAGGUCAACACAACCCUGGCAGAUCUCCACCUGCAGGUGGCUUCAGUUGGUGCGGCUGGUGCCCAAGCCCUGGCAGAAGCCUUGGUGGUCAACAAGAGCCUGAAGAUCCUGGACUUGCGGGGAAACUCCAUCGGCAUGGCAGGGGCCAAGGCGAUGGCCAACGCGCUGAAGGUGAACCGCAGCCUCCGCCGGCUCAACCUGCAGGAAAACUCCCUGGGCAUGGACGGAGCCAUCUGCAUCGCCACUGCUCUGAAGGGCAACCACGGCCUCACCUAUGUGAACCUGCAGGGGAACUGCAUCGGACAGUCGGGAGCCAAGAUGAUCUCUGACGCUAUCCGGACAAACUCACCCAACUGUGUCGUGGACGUGUGA